CAGUAUAACACUAUAGACAGGCCGAUUGAUUAUUCGCAGUCUGGCCAAGCAGAAUACACCGGUUGUUUCCAGCUUUCCAGGCUCGUUAUGUCAGUUCGCCCAGUCAUAAACCGAGUACCUCUAGAUUGCCGUCUACAAUGACGCCCACCUCAGAGAAGGUUGUUGAAAAGAAAUUCAUGUUUGAAUUCCCUACCCUAACAACUGAUGACAAGCACCAGUUUGAGGUCCCUAUUCACAUACCCUUCUCAGGAAACAUUCGUGAGCUUGCACAACGACUUAUAACUUUGUUCAAAGUACCCGUUUAUAUUGAAAAAGAUCUUGAGGAAAAGUUGAAGUCUUUUGUCGACAAGGAGACCUUGCUCUUUCAUGAUACUGUUGCUGAAGAUGCUUUGAAAAAGGCUCAGAAUGGUGAAAUUGAUGCAGAGGAAGUCAUUAAAAAAUUUGAAAGGCUCUUCAAAGAGGAAACAGCAGAAUAUGCAGAUCCGAGGGGAUCUACUGAUGAAGAGCUCUUUGCUACCGUUUAUCAUAAAUUAGUGCAUUCUCCUGCGUUAGAGGGAAUGCUACAAGUUGAACAUUCUUAUUCUAUUGCUGUCAAUGAAAUGACUACACAGAGGGAUGAUGAACUAGCCUCUUUAACAGAGCGGCAGGCAAAGGAAAUGUCAGAUUUGGUUGCGGGUAUAGGUGAAUUCAGUACAGAGGCAGAUGUAAAUUUGCUGGCAGCACGUCAUUGUGAAGAUCAGAAUAUGAUCCAAGCAAAGAUUAACAGCCAAAUUGACUCCUUGCAAGAAACUCAAAGGCGAGAGUAUCGUGAUUGGUUAAUGAAAUUACUUGAAGAGCAAGCUGAAGAGGCAUCCAGUGUCACUCCUCCAACACCAUCUCCAACUCAUAUAGUACGUCAUCUGUCAAAUGAUGUGUCAUCUAAAGACAAGGGUAAAGGAGGCAGUGACAUAAGCUCUGAUGUUGGAAAUAAUCCAGGUCUUGAAGAAAGCUUUACUAUCCAUCUUGGAUCUCAGAUGAAGCAAAUGCAUAACAUUCGUAUUAUGUCUGCUGAUGUUUUACAUCUCUGUAAAACACAUCUUUCCUCAAAAGGAGGCAUGGAUAUGCAGCCUCAAAGACUUCAGACAGCUUUAGCUCUGUACUCCAAUGACUUGUGUGGUCUUGUACUAUUAACCGAUGGUUUGAUAUCUUCUUUUUCUGGCACAACCAAAGAUUUUAUAAGUGUAUGCCAGCAGUCCACUGAAUUUCACUUCCCAUCCAUUGAUGACCAACUAGAAAAAAUUCGUGAAGGUGUCAAAGAGACAGCAGCCUGGAGACAAGAGCACUGGAUUGCAGAGAACUUAUCAAUUUCUAGCCAACAAUGGCGGCGUGCUUCAAGUUCUGGUGCUCUUCGAUCUGGAGAUGUUUAUGUAACUCGCCAUUCCAAUUUAAAUGAAGUUCAUGUUGUCUUCCACAUGGUGAUUGAUGACUCCCUUCGCUCAAGUGAAAUAAACUCAAGGCAUCCAGCUAUAUUAGGACUCCGCAAUGUCCUUAAAACAGCCUGCAGCAAUGACAUCACUACACUCACUGUUCCUCUUCUUCUGGCUCAUCAUAUAACAGAGGAAAUGACUGUUGCUUGGUGUGCCAAAAGAGCAGAAUUGGUACUCAAAUGUGUUAAAGGAUUCAUGAUUGAGAUGGCAUCAUGGGGUGGCUCAGAACUGAAAAACCUUCAAUUUGUAGUACCAGAGGGCAUAUCCGAUGAGGUAUUUGUUAGCUUGGCGGCAAUGCUGCCCAGUGUAUUCAGAGUAUCUAAUCCUCUGGUGUUCAAAGCGUCUUCCACACCAAUCACUCCUAAAACUAGCUAAAUUUUUUGUUUGAAAUCUUACAUUAUAUUUUGAAGUGCAAAGUUCCCCUCAAAAUAUUUUUUUGAACUAUUUUGCUGCCAGUUUAUUCAAUGAUAGCAAAUAAUAUCUGAUUAAUAAUUAUGCUUUGUAAUCAACUUGCUAGCACAAACACAUAAUUUUUAACAGUAAUAGCUAUGCAAGUGUUCUGCAGGUCAGGAGAUAGCCUUGAUUGGGUUGAUAAACCUUAUUGUACAAAUUGGUCCCUGACAAUGAUGUUGCCUGCUUUGUAAGGGAUGGGGUAAUAUUUAAUGUUGUUCCAUAGUUCUUCAGUCAAUUUUCCUAGGUCGUCUUAGCUAUGAAAUACUGUGAUACUCUCAAGUUUAAAAUAAUGCUGUACACUGAAAUUUGAUUUAAAGCAAUAACUGAUUUAUGUAUGUAUGUUUUGAUACUCUUUUGUGAUAUGAAAUAUGUGCAAUAAAAAGUUAAAAAGCAA